AUGCAUCCGGAUACGGAGAAAAUCGAACAGAUUUUGGAGACCAUACAAGAAGCAUCCGGUGUUUUAACUAUAAACGAUGCAAGACAGACGGUGGAUUUUGAGAAGUUGACGAAAGAGGACAAAAUUGGAGAGGGACGUUUUGGUAGUGUUUAUCGAUAUGCUUUUAAAUCUACAACGAUGGCGGUUAAAACGAUUGAGACGGCUCGAAAAACACUGAUUCAAAUGAAACAAGUGAACUUUGAGGUGGAAUGUUUGGAAAAGUUUCGAGGUCACAAGAAUAUCGUUGAAAUGUUCGGUGUGUUUAUGGAGAACAAGACUAUAUACAUUUGCCUCGAAUUGUUGCUCAUCGAUAUUUACCAAUUAAUGAGCAUUCAUAAGGUCCUCCCUUCAAGAGCAGCAUUGUUUAUUAUCCGUGAAACAUUAUCAGCUCUCCAGUACAUUCAUCAAAAGGAAGUCAUUCAUGGUGACUUGUCUCCGCACAAUGUUAUGAUCAGAAGUAACGGAGAAGUUGUUCUGUGCGAUUUCGGGUUGGCAAAGAAUUUAAAAGCCAUCGAAAACCAUUUAUCGACCGCUAACCCCCUUUUCAUGGCUCCGGAAAUCCUUGGUGCCAAUCCAAUGUACUCACCGAAAGCAGAUGUAUGGGGAAUUGGAGUCCUCCUUCACUUUAUGUUAACUGCGGAGAUUCCAUAUGGAGGUAGCACAAAUGAAUUUUUCAUUUAUUCUGAGAUACUCGACGAACGGAAACCAGUUCUUGAUAGGUCGUUUUUCCAUUCAAACCUGGUUGAAUUCGCGUCGAGUUUCAUGCAUUUUAAAGUGACGAACCGGCCAUCGGCGGAAGAAGCUCGGAAACACCCACUUCUCAAUAACACAACGAUUGAAGAGCUGAGGAGACUCCUCCUUACCCUCCCAUCCAACACCACUGAUAAAGGGGCGGUGCCUAUCUUAAACUGGGCGGAGUCUAUGAGAAUUCGACUCAACAAACUCCGAACGAAAUCUCAGAAGGCGAUGGACGAAGCACUACGAGAGAAUCAGACGGAAGAGGAGAUGAGUCGGACGAUAGAUGCGUUGAGUGAGGUGGCUGGUGUCUAUAACGAGAUGUUCAGAGCGUCGAAUAUGAAGUGUCGAUUGAAUGCUGUAUUCGAUAAGAGAGGAAUGUUCGAGGAUGUCGAGGCGGCUAUUCAUGCCCAUGAGUUCCACGACCCGCAUUCUCACGGAUUAUUCGACAGAAUGCAACAAUCAAUGAAUGAGAGAACGGCUAUCGAGAGAAACAUCCUCGCCGUCACCGACACAUUCAAACAGAAUCCGGUCUCAUCGCCACGUGGAUCCCGUCUCUCCGCCCCGCCCCCAAUCAAAUUCGGAAAACAUUUCGAAGAGGCGAACAAGGGAUUAGUACUCGCAAUGGAUGCGGUCUUCAAUCGGACACGUGGCGAAGCAAUGUCAUGGAAAUUCAAACGGAUCAGUCAUCGAUCGUUUAGGAAUUCGAAGACGUUGGUUGAGGUCCAAUACUGUACAGUUCCGGCCACCGAGAAAGAGUUCGUCUCGUGUAUGAAGGCGUUAUUGGUGUUGAAUUUCGGGAUUCUGGAGGAUUUGAUACUGGGCGGAGAGGACGAAUCACUGUACGAUACGGAAUCAAUCUAUCAGUCGAAGAGAAAAGUGUAUCGAGAAUUCACCAAGUCUGCCAGAGAGAUCAUUCUAUGCUCUCCGGUCACCAAAUUCACAGUGCCCACAAACGUCGCCCAAGUCAACAACUACAUUCAGAUGUAUGUGAACUGUUUCAGCAACAAGUGCCAUUAUUGCAAAAAAUACCUUCGCAACUUCAUGCCGCCCACAAUGGUCAUCAGAGAAUCAUUCGUUUAUUGUCAUAAGUUAUGUCUCCUAUCACACGCCUAG